CAAGAAAGGGUGUCACAGUCCGUUUGGCACCACAGGAGACACACACACAAACACACGCACACACAUACACACUCACACACACACAGGCAAACACACUGUGGGAACAGUUCAACAACAUCAAGAUGAAGCUCUUGCCCCUGUCCUGCGUGCUGCAUGCUCUCUCCAUUGUGCACGCCUUCCGCUACGACCACCUUGUGGAGCACGUCAACAGCCACCAGGAUCAGUACGUCCAGGCGCUGCGGGAGUGGGUGUCGGUGGAGAGUGACUCCAGCGACGUCUCCAAGAGAGCGGAGCUGCAUCGCAUGAUGGAAAUGACGGCCGAUAAGCUCCGAGCCAUGGGGGGCAACGUCACGCUGGUGGACAUCGGGGAGCAGCAGCUUCCCAAUGGGGAGAUGCUGGCCCUACCCAAAGUAGUGACCGCCCAGUUCAUUAGCGACCCUCUGAAGACCACUGUGUGUGUCUACGGCCAUGUGGACGUCCAGCCAGGCAAGCUGGAGGAUGGCUGGGCCACGGAGCCGUACAAUCUGACAGAGAUCAACGGCAACAUGCAUGGAAGAGGGACCUCAGACAACAAAGCCCCCGUCUUAGCCUGGAUCCAUGCUGUGGAGGCCUACCAGGCACUUAACAUAGAGCUGCCGGUGAACGUGAAGUUCAUCAUUGAGGGCAUGGAGGAGACGGGCUCCAACGGCCUGGACGCCAUGGUGGUGGCCCAGCGCGACACCUUCCUGCUGGACGUGGACUACAUCAUCAUCUCUGACUGCGGCUGGCUCAGCCUGCGGCCCGCCCUCACCUACGGCACCAGGGGCAACUGCUACUUCUCCGCCGAGAUCGAGGGGGCCAAGCAGGACCUCCACUCGGGCGUCUACGGAGGCACCGUCAUCGAGCCCAUGACCGACCUGAUCGGCAUUCUGGACACUCUGAUCAGCCCCAGUGGUAAGAUCCUGAUCCCUGGCAUCCGGGAGGCUGUGGACCCACUCACUGACGAGGAGUGGAAGACCUACCAGGACAUUGAGUUUGAUAUGGAGAACUACAAGAACAAGCUGGGGGUCACCGAGCUCAUGUACAACAAUAAGGUAGACCUCCUGGCCCACAUGUGGCGCUACCCCACAGUCUCCAUCCACGGCAUCGAGGGAGCCUUCUCGGCCCCUGGCACCAAGACCGUGAUCCCCGCCAAAGUCGCUGCUAAGUUCUCCAUCAGACAGGUCCCCAGCAUGGACCCGGAGGUGGUCAAAAAGCAGGUGACGGAGUACCUGGAGGCGGCGUUCGCCCGGAGAAAGAGCCCCAACAAGCUGAAGGUGACCAUGAUGAUCGGGGCCAAGCCUUGGCUGGCCGACACCCGGCAUGUGCUCUACGAAGCUGGGAAGAAGGCUGUCAAGAGAGUGUUCAACGUGGAGCCCGAUAUGAUCCGCGAGGGCGGGACCAUCCCCGUGGCCAGGACCUUCCAGGACGUGACCGGGAAGGGCAUCAUCAUGAUGCCCAUCGGAGGCUUCGACGACGGCAUGCACUCCCAGAACGAGAAGAUCAGCAGGUACAACUACCUGGAGGGCACCAAGCUGUUCAUCGCCUACCUCCAUGAAGUCUCCCAGAUUCAGAAGAGUAGAGUGUGAGCGUCCUCUACGGCAUGUCUUGGCUAAAACGACAGUGUCCAAACCCUCAGAUCCCCGGCUAUCCAUCUCUGCCUAUCUAUCCAUCAAUAGAUCAAUAUAUUCAUGUAUCUAUAUCUAUAAAUCUGUCUAUCUGUUCAUUUUUCACCUCUUAUGUCAUAUUACAUUCAAUUUUAUCAAAAAGGUGCAGCUUAUCCUCAUCCAGAUUCAUGGAUUGGAGGAGGUGCGAUUGGUAAUCAUUAUUUGCUGACGUUGGUUUGUUGUCCUUCGAUUUCCUUACAGCACUGUAUGUGUUUUGUGGCAAUUAAAUGCACAAUGCAACAAAAACUCAUUUGACCUCAUGUUUA